GACUCCAACGCAGCGAAGAGCUUAGUUCGCGUUUAACGGCUCGAAAAUGUGCAAUUUGUUUUGGCUUUUGGCCUGUUUUCUGGCUGUCUGUCUGCCCUUCGCCCUCGGAGGUGUCGCCGCCAAUGCUAACAAUGUAACUCAGACAGAGCCUAAAGCGGAGCUAGUGCCCGCGGCAGAGAAACUGAUUCGCUAUCGUCGUCAGCCGCCCUACGCUGUGGGAAAGCGCUCCAAGCUACGCCGCCGGACUAAGGGUCCGCCCAAGAUCAAGUAUGGACCACCACCUCCUUCUCAACAUUUCCGGUAUGCAAAGCCAUCGUUUCCGGCACACUUGGAGGAGCCCAGCUUCUCCAUUGAUGACUUCCAGCACUUGAAAUUCGAUGGCGCCGACUUCAAGAUACCAACUUCGAGCUACGAGGCGCAAUCCAUGGAUCUGGACUUUUAUAACCAUGACACGGAGCCGGAUCUGUAUGGAGCGCACAAGUUUCCCAGCCUGGAUUUUGGACUAGUGACCACACACAACGAUCAUGUGCCGCACCAAAAAUACGGACUGCCGCCGCUUCAUCAAAGCUUUAAGCCAGAUCACUCGUUUGCCUCGCACUACGAGCCUCCUCCGCCACCCGCUCCGGCUCCGGCUCACCCACCAGCCACGCGUUAUGGAGUGCCCACGGCCCCGGUGCCAGUGCCCAGCUAUAAGCACCAGGAUCUGCCGCCGCCCGAUUCCUAUUCCAUUUACGAGCAAAAGAUCCCCAAUGUGAAUUAUCAUCAGAACUUUGCUGAGCCACCGAAGCAUGGCUCUAAGACUAAUCCUAAUUUUGAGAUUGCCUACUCGCCGCCUGCUUUUGAGAUCAGUACAUCCUAUCAGUCGAAUCACCAGCAGAGCUAUGCGCCACCACAUCCUGGAGGGGAUAGCCACAAGGGCAGCUUCGCUGAGCCACCUUCCACGAACUAUGUGAAGCCUCCAACUAAUAAUUAUGCUCCACCUCAGCUUCCUCAUCAUCCUCCCUCUUCUGGUUACGACCAACCUGCUCAGCAUCCUUCUCCCAGCUAUGAUCAGCCACCUCAGCUUCCGCCAUCUAACAGCUAUGAUCCUCCAACUAACAACUAUGCUCCUCCACAGCAUCCUCCUUCCUCAAGCUAUGAUCUACCUCCUCAGCAUCCACCUUCCUCGAGCUACGAUCAGGCUCAGCAGCAUCCUUCUUCCUCUAGCUAUGAUCUAGCACCUCAGCAUCCACCCUCCACUUAUGAUGGAUCACCACAGCUUCCACCUUCAUCCAGCUAUGAUCCAUCACAGCAGCAUAUUCCCACCAACUAUGCUCCUCCCGAUUCUCAACCCUAUCCUAUCCAGAACUAUCCGCAGGAUGAUUAUGCACCGCCAUCACAGGAACUGCCCCUAAAUCCGCACCACAAAUUCCCCAGCUUUGAUUUUCCCAAAUCCAGCUACGAAGUUCCCAUCUACGAUCCCAUACCCUUCGAGGCAUCCAACAGAGAGGAACAGGAAUCGUAUCCACCCAUCCUAUCCUUGUCGCCCGAUCAUCAUAACGAAAUACCAUCAGAUGCCCAUGCCGCAGGAAGUUCUAAGAAGAGGAAAAGGAAGCGAAAGCCGAAUGUUGGAGGAGGAGGAGCCAUUGUGCCGGGUAAGCACACGCUAGAUGUGCCAGAGCUACAGCAUGCCUAUGAUGCAGACACUCAUGUGGGAGACUCCAAUGAACAAGUAGAUGCAGAUGCGGAUGCCCAUGGCUCGCAUUAUGUGGAGAGAAAGCAGACCUUUGUCAACUUUGUGACACCCACAACGUCCUCAACGACCACGACGCCGGCACCCUGGAGUCCCAUGCGGGGCAGGAGUAGUACACCGAGCACGGGAUUUAUCCCCACCAUUGUGACGAGUACGGCAGCUCCACGUACCACCGUCCGAAGUAGAGGUGGUUCGCGCUAUCGCAGCACCCAGCCCGUGAGUCCCAGCCCCCUGGAUCCCAUCUCUAGCAGCGUUAGGAUCGAGCAGUCACACUCCCAGAGCUACUACGAUGGCACCAUAGCACCGCCCACCCGGCAGCAGCAGCAGUUCUCCCGCGGAACUCGACCCACGCGGCCCAGCUAUGUGAGGAACCAAAGCCAGGUGUCCCCGCUGGCCCUGCAGCCGGCGGAGCAGGGUAGAGGCGUCCCCACAUCCAAGCGAACAACCAAGGGUGUCUUUGACACAACGUUGUUUAAGAGUCCGCUUACCGAUCGCGAGAUGGAGCGAAAGCUUCAGGGGAUGCGUCCAAACUUGCCAAAAAACCACAAACUAUACUAGGUUCUCAGACGUAGAAAGGAAGGCAGCAACGAACGAACAGGAGGCAUAGCUUAAAGACUUGUUUGACUAGUGUGUAAGCCUU